AUGAAUUACAGAACAAUUAAGUAAUUGACUAAUAUGCCAAGAUUUUAUCACUAAUAAGAGUUCCUGAAGCCAUCAAAGAAAUUUGAAUUGAAACCCAAACCGUAUUAUGAGACCUUGCAUUUUUAGAGAGAGGUACACAUAUAUCUUUUAGCUAAUGUGCAUAGAAAAACAAGAGUAGACUUGAAUGGGUAUUUGGAACAAUAUUUGCAUUAUUCUAUUUCAUGAACAUCCAUGGGAAAGAAUUCAUUUACUUCCCCUGGUGUUAGCCAUCGAAACCAGAAUAAUUGUGAUUGGAAUUUAAACAAAAUUAACUAUAAAUUAUUUAU